UAUCAAAGUUCUCCUCAUAAUCAUUUCUUCUUGAGUCAUAGAGUUCAAAUUAGAUGUUGAUUAUUUUUCCAAUUGAUGAAUUUGAUUGUUUUUAGUCUGAACAAGUUUUUUAAAGUGGAAAUAACUGGCAAGUUUGUAUUUCAAAUUCUCAAUGGCUAUUAAUUUAAUAAUCUGCCAUUCUUCUGUAGCCAAAUAGUUUGCUGAUCGCUAUGGCCUAUGGAUAUGUGGACGACCUACACAUUGUUGUCCUCCUUUCUGAAUACUCAGAAUCUCUGCAUUUGCAUUCUUUUUUAAUAUGUGAUGGAUUUUAUGUAUGUAGCUGGUGGUUAGUGAUGGUGUGACUGAAGGUGGGAAUCACGGAGGUUCUUCAUAUGAGGAAAAUGACUCCUUAGUGCUUUUCCAUUGGUCUUCAAAAUGAAAUCACCGACCAGGCAUCAGUCAGUUCCAUACACCAGAUAAUUUUACAGAAUCACUGAAUCAAUCCUCAGACUCCUUUCCUCCUUUGAAAGCCUUUUCUUUGUUAGUUUAAAAUUGCUAGCUUAAUUGUGCAUGUGCUAAUUUUGAGUCCCCCUUUCAAGAUCAAGUGACUUGAGUUUUUUAAUCAUGUCUGAAGUAUUUUGGUGUCCCUUUUUUACUCUUGUUUGUUGCCUUUGUUUACUGCUUUUGUUAUCUCUCUUCUGUACCAAUGGUUAAGUCUGUUGUUCAAUGUAUUCCCUCAUAUACAGGGUAAUCAAACUAUUCAUUCUGCGCAGAAUUGAAAACCUUUCCAAUCGUACGAUCUCACAAAUCACAGGAAAAAUGUUAUUAACUAUUAAUUACAGCUUUGUGCUCUCCCUUCUGUACCAAUUUUGAGGUUUACUUUAAGUCUGUUGCUCUAAGUGUUACUUCAGAUGCAAGGUAAUGAAACUAUAGAUCCUUGGCGGAAUCUAAACCUUAAUCGUAUACUUCAACCCUAGAGAUGACUAGAGUUGUGCCUGUGUGCACAGGUUGAUCUUACUCCAACACUUGGCUCUUCAAUUUAGUCUACCAAUUCCCAAAAACAAUGUUGGAAUCCUGAUUGCUGAAACAUUUGAUUCUCUUCCAGGUUAGUUCUUUGAGUGUGCAUAUUAAAUAUCAGAGAUAGAAAAUGCGUAGGUUGUUUCCAAGACGCUAGUGGAUAUCUGUAUCAAAGUUCUAUGACAGAAAAUGCUACCUAUCAUUCAUUUGUUGGCUUCUUGACUUUGACACAUUAACUGACACUAGCUGUUCAAAAUUAACUUAUUCCAUUGAUGUUUAUCUAAUUUGACAUAUAUCGUUUCUGUUUCAUGGAACAGAAGACAAAAGGCUGAGAGCUCUGCAGUUGAAUUCGUGGCAACUGCUGAGAUUGUUCCGACACAAUUACCAGCAUUCUCAUGUGGAGGCUCACAAGACAUUGGCUUGUCUGACAUGUUAGGUCAACAAAUGGAGAAUGCAGUGGUAGUAUUGAGAGGACUCUUUGUUGCUUGUACGCAAAAGCUAAAAGUCUUAGUAAUUCCAGGGAAUCCAUGAGUGGCUCCAGGUCCAAGGGCAAGAAUGAUUACAAGGUCGUUGCUGCUGCAUAUAGUGAUUUCUUGAAUACUGCAAGUGAGUGGUUAUCAGGCAGAGUAACCCAUAAACCCGUUAGCCUGCUUACUUCUGGGAUUCUGGCGAUGGCUUUAUCAUGUCUAAUCUUCUUAGCCAUCCUAAUUUGCAUGCAAAGAGAAGUCUCGCCUUCCAUCAAGCAUAUGCACAAGUGGUGUUUACAAGAGAUCUUUGUCCUUAGUGUUGUGUUCAUCCUUAUGACGAUGAGUAUGGGUUCAAGUUCCUUGGUAGAGGAAGAACAAUAUAUUUGGCAUUUUGUUACAAUGACAUCAUGCCUGUUACUACUCCGAAAAUUAGUGGGAUCUCUUCAUGUGGUAAGUGUUUAAUGUUCGCUUACAUUGCAAAAGCACAGCUAAAGAAGGUUUCAAGU